AUGUACCAAUGCUCCAGUGCCAGAGCGACUUACUCCAACCCCAAAAUCAAGGUCGUCGAUCCCAAUGAUCAGGAUUACCACAUGGACAGCCGGUCCAUGGGAACCUGUGUUCUCGACCCCGAGGACUACCUUAUUGGGUCCGGUUCGCCACCUCACAUCUUCUAUAAGCGAUGCGACGGCACCUACCGCGACGCUAAAAAUCAGCGCAUGCGCUGA